AUGAGUGAACAUUCUUAUUUAGUAUUCUUAUUAUUUAUAAAUAUUAGAUAGCUGAAAAUUUAGAAUUGAAAACAUAGGUUCAAAAUUUGAAAUUAGAAAUAAAUUAAUGGUAAUCUCAUUAUGAUGAUUUGUCUAUGAAAUAUUAUUAAUUACAAUAAUCUAAAAUUAAUCCAAAUGAUCUUUUAGAAUAUGAAGAUUUAAAAAUAUAGCAAUAAAGAUAUUAAGAAUAAGAAAUUCAAUAAAGUUUUAUCAUAAAAUAAUAAAAUUAAUUUAUUCUUAAUUUAUAAUAAGAAAAUAGAGAUUUAAUUGAUAAAGUAGAUUAAUUAAAAUAGAAGGCAAAAAAUUAUGAUUGUUUAAAAUAAUAAUAUUAGAAUUUAGAAUAAGCUAGUCAAAAAUAUUUCGAAGAAUUAGAAAUGAUUAAAUAAAGACCUCCUACUAUAAUUGUUCCUAAUCCAGAUGUUACUGCACUUUAUAGAGAAAUUAAUCGUUUAAAUGCUAUUAUUUAAUAAAUGUGUAAAAAUUCUAUUGAAUCAAUUUGUAAGACUUCUUAUGAAUAUAAGAAUUACUAAAAUGAUGAAUCUAUAAUUGAAAAUUUUAAUGAAUAAAAGAAAUUUUAUGAUUAAACAAUUAAGAAAUCUGAUGAAAAGAAAUAAUUCUAUUGA